AUGAUGGUGGAGCGUUUGAAGCAGGAGGGAACUUCGCACAGCUCCAGGGAUCUGUUGAAGAUGCGGCUGUCAUGUGGAUUAAAGAUCAGGAGAAUGAUGAAGACUGUGCCUCCUUGUUUGGGGAAGUUCAGGCCAGUUGUGGGCCAGUGCUGCCACCAGUGCACCCCAGACAGUCUGAGCAAGAAGCUUGGACAAAACUAUUCCCUUGGUUUCCACAACCUGCUGAGUGUCAAUGAGACACAAACCAGGUAUCGAGGCUGGCUGGUGCGGAGGGUGUGCUGCGCCCUGUUUGUGAGUGGGUGCAAGGUUUACGGCAGUCCUGUUAGCAGCAGGCUCCAGCGAGUCUGUCAGAGUAACAGGGUGAAGAAGGUGCUCACAGCAGAGCACAAAGCACCUGAGGGGGGAGACGGCCACGGGCAGCUAGAUUGUCUCUCACCAUUCCUCCCUCUCAUUAACACCUGCAUCUCCUCUGGCGUCUUAAGAUUCGUGUGCUGGGUGAUGCUGAAGAUGUUUGCUUCUGUGUUCGGCAGCAUUCAAGUUAACCUCAACCAUCUGUCGGCUUUACACAGAGCCUCACAAGAGGGAUCUCUGCUGGUUUAUGUGUACGUGCGUCAGAGCGCCGUGGACUGCGCUCUCAUCCCUCUCGUGCUCUUCUGUCACAGCCUCAGAGUCCCGUACACUGUUUGUCCUCUCCAAAUUAAGAACGCCUCCCUAAGGUCAAUCCUGCAGAAAGUAGGUGUAGUCCUCCUGCCUCCCUCUGCACCUACUGAGGAGGAUGCUGAGAUGGACACGCUGUACCAAUCUGUCAUGACUGCUCUGGUACGUGAGCUGCUACAUGAGGGCCAGGCAAUAAGUAUUGGUGUGUCAGAGAGGUCUGGCCUGGGUGGCCAGUGGCUGGCUCGCAUCAGGCAGCUCAUCAAAGAGGGAUCUGUCCCCGACGUCAGUCUGGUCCCCGUGGGCAUCUCGUACGACUGUGUACCCAAGACCUACAUUCAGGUUGGGUUGAAAUCUAUCUUCCAGUGGUUGUGGUGCCUUUUCUGUGGGAGGCCAGAAGGAUGUGUGAGGAUUCACCUCGCCCAGCCCUUUUCUGUCAAGGAGAUGUGGGAAUCAGGCAGGUGCAGAGUAGAUGAAUGGCUCCCUCUACAGGACCUGUUGCUUCCUGUUAUCCUCAACAACCGAGCUGGCAGUGCAUUCGGGCAGAGGAGAAUGUCGUGGCUCCUGCCGUCUUCUUAUUAUGCAUCUGAACUUGAAGAGCCAAGUCGGUCGGAGAGAAACCUCAGCAUUGCCACCAUCCUCCACCUCAUCUUCUCUGCAACUUCCUGCAUGGCUGUGAUGCCCACCAGUCUUAUGUCCAGUCUUCUGCUGUACAAACACCGCAAGGGUGUAAGUACAUCUGUUCUGUGUCGUGAUGUGGCUUGGCUCACAGAGGAACUUUUGUUCAGGAACAAAGACGUCGGCUUUGGGGGAAAUUUAACAGAGGUUGUCCACUACUCCCUGUCCCUGCUCGCCCCUCACCUCAUCAUAGCUGCUGCUCCCAAUUCUAGGAAAGACCCAUUGAUUGUGCCCUGUUCUUCUCUUGCUGCCACGCUUCACCUCGCCUACAUGGCAAAGACGGUCACACACGCCUUUAUAUUGGAGGCUGUUGGGGCGUGUGCGGUGUCAGCCAUGCUGUGCGAGGUGGCUCACAGUGGCGUCAGCAGCAGCGUGCGGAGUGACGUGGAAGGAGAGGAGGUCAAAGGUGACACGGAGUUUGAUGUGGUGCUCUGCCAGUCUGAGCUCACUGCAAGAGCCUUGCAGCUCUGCCAUCUCCUGCCUCCGGGCUUCAUGCCACCUUGUCAGUCUUCCCAGAGUUUCGCGCUGGAUGCCAUUGACAGUCUGGUUCGCUGUGGCAUCCUGAUCCAGGAAGAAAGUCCCAGGGAUGUUCCCAUCUGUGAUUUCUGGAAGAAACAGGAGGGUCCUCUGACCUGGACCACUUCUGACGAUCCUUAUCACAGCGAUUCUGACUGCGAGGAGCCGGACCUUUGCUCCUAUAAGAUACGACAGCCAAGUCACUGUCCAGAGAUGCUCUUCUUCCUCUGCAGAAUGCUAGCUGGACAUCUCAGGGCGCUAUGCUGGACCACUAUGGGGCUGGAUCUCUUUGAGAUGCCUCUGGCUGAAGCUGAGUUCGUGGCUCAAAUACACUCACAUCUUUGUGACACAGCAAAUAAGAAGAAACAGCACUAUGAGAGCUGCUCAGAGGAGGCGGCGCACACUGCAGUCAGAACACUAAUAGACCUGGGGGUCCUCUUGGAGGAGUGGCAGAAGGAAGGCGUCUUCCUGGCUGUUAGUCCUUUGUUCCAGUUGUCAGAAAACAGGCAGAAACUGCACCGCUUCAUCUCUCAGUACCUCUACAAUUAA